AUAACUUUACUUAAUAUCAUGACUUACUGCCUGGGACAUGGGGACAUGGGUAGUGCCGGAGUCACCUUGAAUGAUCCUUCAACUUUCUAAUUCAAUGGCUUAUGAUGCCUAAAAUUAUACUUAGUUGAUCUGUUCAUAAUACAAAAGUAGCUUGUAUCUGGUCACUUUUGAUAUAAUCUUUAAGCUACGUGCCAGUCCAAAGCUCAGCCCAAUGACCUUUCUCUUAGUUUUUGUCUCAAAGCUGACCAAUUUAGGUAACGACAGAUUGCUAAGUAAACAUGUAUGAGUGAAGCGAUGGUACCAUUCUAGCGUCUUGUAUUACGUGAAGUUGAAUUACUUUAUGUGUCCUUUUCCAUUGUUCAGUAGAAUGCUCGAGAGGAAUGCUUUUGGCAACAGGGGGAAGGUUCAGUGGAGUAGGGUUCCUAUUAUAUAAUUUCAGGAAAUAUGGAUAUAAUGUACCAGUAGAAAUCUACAAUUGAUGUAUCAGAAAUUUGCUUCUUUGUGUCUAAUAGUGUGAGCUUUAUUUACAAAGCACUUUGCAGAUAUUCUAUUGUUUUUAUUUGUCCCUUUCUUCCUAUUCUUCUUUUUGUUGCAGGUAGAGGACUAAUCAUUGUCUUUCCUACUAUAUCGAGUAAAAAAUUAUGUGUGUGUAUAGCUUUUCCUUAUUUAUUGUUACCUUGCAAAGUGUUCUGCCUUCAUUUUAAAUUAUUAUUAUUAUUUUGUAAAUAGACCACAAUGGAGGUGAGGAUAAUAAAACCUCAUGUGAUAUUCCAUGCAUGGGGCAGUUUCUUUGGAAGAAUUAUGUUGUAUGUCUGACUCGAGUAUGAUUUCACAGAUAAAAAGUAGUAAUCUUGUACAGGUCUUUUUCAUUUGUUGUGAAAGUUUGCAAUCUUGACAGCAGAUGGUUCAAAAUAUCAUUAUCUAGAUAUAUAUACGAGAGUGGACAUAUUCUGUUGCUAUCCCAAGAUAUUAAAUGUUAUUUUCUUUACAAGCAAACAGCCUUUGAUUUCGUGAAAUAAUGUUAUUGAGUUCACUAGCAAGCAAGCAGCAAAAACAUGUGACAACAUGCUCCAUAAGUUAUGGGCAUAGUAGGUAUUGACCCUAUAACUUAAGAGGCUGUGAAAUUUUGUUGGCAGGUAUCUCCGAAGUUCAUUAGCCACCGACGCUUCUCAUCAUGGAUAUAGAUCUUAGGUUACCUUCCGGUGAGCAUGACAAAGAUGAAGAACCAAAUGCAAUUAAUAACAUGUUGGAUGUAGAAGAGAAACUUCAUAAUGGAGAUAUUGAGAGUGGAAAUAUGGUUGAUGCUACAGAUGCAAUGCACGUUGAAGAUGGUGGAGAUUUGAAUUCCCCAAUGUUAGAUAUGGCAAUGUUUAAAGAUGACACAAAUCUAGAACCACUUCCUGGUAUGGAAUUUGAAUCACAUGGUGAAGCAUAUUCCUUUUACCAGGAAUAUGCUCGCUCUAUGGGAUUCAACACGGCAAUACAAAAUAGCCGUCGUUCAAAGACAUCAAGGGAAUUUAUUGAUGCAAAAUUUGCUUGUUCUCGUUACGGUAUUAAGAGAGAGUACGAUAAAUCCUUCAACCGGCCACGUGUAAGGCAAACUAAGCAAGAAAGUGAAAAUGCAACUGGUCGACGAGCGUGUGCAAAGACAGACUGCAAAGCAAGCAUGCAUGUGAAGAGGAGGGCAGAUGGUAAAUGGGUUAUACAUAGUUUUGUUAAGGAGCAUAACCAUGAGCUUUUACCAGCUCAAGCUGUCAGUGAACAAACAAGAAAGAUGUAUGCUGCAAUGGCUAGGCAAUUUGCUGAAUACAAAAGUGUAGUAGGUCUCAAGAAUGACUCCAAGAAUCCAUUUGAUAAAGUUCGUAGUUUGGCCUUUGACGUGGGAGAUGCAAGGACUUUACUUGACUUUUUUACCCAGAUGCAGAAUUUGAACUCUAACUUUUUUUAUGCUGUAGAUAUUGGUGAAGAUCACCGGCUAAGGAAUUUAUUUUGGAUUGAUGCAAAAAGUAGGCAUGACUAUAUUUAUUUCAAUGAUGUAGUGUCUCUUGAUACUACCUAUAUCAGAAAUAAGUAUAAGUUGCCCCUUGCUUUCUUUGUUGGGGUGAAUCAACAUUAUCAAUUUAUGUUGAUUGGAUGUGCUUUGCUAUCAGAUGAAAGUCCAACAACAUAUGCUUGGCUGUUGCAUACAUGGUUGAAAGCAAUUGGUGGACAGGCUCCAAAAGUUGUUAUCACUGACCAUGAUAAAGUCUUGAAGUCAGUUAUUCCAGAGGUGCUUCCAAAUGUUUAUCAUCACUUCACUUUGUGGCAUAUAUUCGGAAAGAUUUCCGAAAACCUUGGUAAUGUAAUAAAACAGCAUGAGAAUUUUAUGGCAAAAUUUGAAAAAUGCAUCUAUAGGUCAUGGACAAAUGAAGAAUUUGAAAAAAGAUGGUGGAAACUGGUUGAAAGAUUUGAACUCAAAGAAGAUGAACUGGUUCAGUCCUUGUGGGAAGGUCAAAGACACUGGGCACCAAUGUACGUGAAGGAUGUAUUUUUGGCUGGAAUGUCUGCGGCACAGCGGUCUGAGAGUGUAAAUUGCUUCCUUGAUAAGUACUUGCAUAAAAAGACCACUGUGCUGGAGUUCGUGAAACAGUAUGAAACAAUUCUACAGGAUAGGUAUGAAGAGGAAGCAAAAGCUGACUCUGAUACAUGGAACAAACAACCCACUUUAAAAUCUCCUUCACCAUUUGAGAAAAGUGUUUCAGGGCUGUACACACACGCAGUAUUUAAAAAGUUUCAAGUAGAAGUUUUAGGUGCCGUUGCUUGCCAUCCUAAGAGGGAAAAGCAAGAUGAGAAAAGCAUUACCUAUCGAGUUCAAGAUUUUGAAAAGAAUCAAGACUUCAUUGUUGAUUGGAAUGAAUUGAAGUCAGAAGUUUCUUGUCUAUGCCGGUUGUAUGAAUAUAAAGGUUAUCUUUGUAGACAUGCAAUGAUUGUUCUUCAAAUUUGUGGCCUAUCUGCUAUUCCAGCUCAAUAUAUUUUGAAGCGGUGGACGAAAGAUGCUAAAAAUCGACAAUUAAUGGGAGAAGAAUCUGAGCCACUACAGUCUCGGGUGCAGCGUUACAAUGAUCUAUGCCAGCGAGCAUUGAAAUUGAUUGAAGAGGGAUCUUUGUCCCAAGAAAGUUACAGUAUUGCAGUACAUGCACUUGAUGAAACGCUUGGAAAUUGUAUAAGUGUCAAUAAUUCCAAUAGAACUCUUUUAGAACCUGGUACAUCAGCAGCUCAUGGUCUACUCUGUAUUGAAGAAGACAAUCAGAUUAGAAACAUGGGCAAGACAAGCAAGAAAAAGAAUCCAACAAAGAAGAGGAAGGUGAAUGCUGAGCCUGAUGUCAUGACUGUUGGAGCACAAGACAGCUUGCAGCAGAUGGAUAAAUUAGCCUCAAGAGCAGUAACCCUUGAUGGCUAUUUUGGCACACAGCCAAGUGUGCAAGGAAUGGUACAGCUUAACUUAAUGGCACCAACCCGUGAUAAUUAUUAUGGAAACCAACAGGCCAUUCAGGGGCUGGGGCAAUUAAACUCAAUAGCACCUAGCCAUGAUGGUUACUACGCUGCUCAACAGAGUAUUCACGGACUGGGACAAAUGGAUUUUUUCCGAGCGCCAACUGGUUUCACCUAUAGCAUGCGGGAUGAUCCAAAUGUACGAACUACUCAGUUGCAUGAUGAUGCAUCAAGACAUGCAUGAUUAAUCACUAAUCUUAGUGAAGGUGCUUCACAAGUGGAAAUAAAUGUAAUCUAUUUGUAUUUAGCCAUAAAAUGAACUCUGCACAUUAAGAAUCAGUAAUAACAGAUCAUUUUGCAGGUGCAGGGAACAGCACAUUCUUCUAGUGUCUUUAAAAUAGAAUGUACCUUGCCAAGUUAGUGGCUGGAGAUGUACCAAAUGUUGGUCCUUCUUAAGUGAUUGUAUCAUAUAAAAGAGUAUGCUGUAUCUCAUCAUUGCCAAUUAUUUUACAUGGUUCUUACUGAAAGAUGAUAAUACCAAUACAGCCUAGAGUUAUUUGUAUUUGUAAUUGUUUGACCCAAAUUGAAUUAGUUGGAAACAAAACGUAUUCGAGUACGAGCUGAACUGUUAGUUUCU